AGAAUCUUAGCAUUCGCAGUUCCAAUAAAGAGAGAGAGAAAGCAUACUCCUCGUGAAUCAGAAAGAAGCUCUCUUUUCAUAGAGGAGAGAGAGAGAGGAGGAGGAGAAGAGACGCUGAGUAGAGAGUCAGAGGGAGAAGGGGUUUUUUUUUUGACAGAGAAGGAGAGGAGUAAGAUCAAUAGCAGAUAGAGAAAGAUUAACACAGUGGCGGUAUUAACAGGAAAAAUGACAUCCGGUGGUUCAUCAUCCGGGAGAUUACCAACUUGGAAAGAAAGAGAAAAUAAUAAAAGAAGAGAAAGAAGAAGAAGAGCCAUAGCUGCUAAGAUCUAUGCUGGUUUAAGAGCUAUGGGUAAUUACAAACUUCCUAAACACUGUGAUAAUAACGAAGUCUUAAAAGCUCUUUGUUCUGAAGCUGGUUGGAUCGUUGAAGAAGAUGGCACUACAUACCGCAAGGGAUGUAAACCACCACCGCAAAAUGAUAAUAUGGCAGGAACUUCAACAAACAUUAGUCCAUGUUCAUCAUAUCAACCAAGUCCAUCAUCUUCAGCUUUCCAAAGUCCAGUCCCUUCUUACCAUGCUAGUCCUACUUCCUCUUCAUUUCCUAGCCCUUCUCGGUUUGAUGCUAACCCGUCUUCGUAUCUCUUGCCUUUUCUUCGGAAUCUUGCUUCAAUUCCUUCCAAUUUGCCCCCACUUAGAAUAUCUAAUAGUGCCCCUGUAACCCCCCCUCUUUCAUCCCCAACUUCAUCAAGAACUCCUAAUCUUAAACGUGAUUGGGAAACAUUAACUAAUAGUUCUAUGGCUUCUUUCCGACAUCCUCUAUUUGCUGCUUCAGCUCCUGCGAGUCCAACUAGGCGUCACCAUUUUACUCCUGCAACGAUUCAUGAGUGUGAUGAGUCGGAUGCUUCAACAGUUGAUUCGGGCCGAUGGGUCAGUUUUCAGACAGUUGCUCCAACGGCUGCUCCAUCCUCUCCUACAUUUAAUCUCAUGAAGCCUGUUCUUCAGCAGAAUUUUUCACAGGAUGCCGUGGGUGGACCAGAGUUUGAGUUUGAGAACGGAAGAGUGAAGCCAUGGGAAGGAGAGAAAAUUCAUGAAAUGGGCGUCGAGGAUCUAGAACUUACCCUUGGCAGUGGGAAGAAUAGGUGAAUGUAUCCAAAGAUUGUGAUGUCAAAGAAGAAAGAAAGGGAGGAAGAGGGCUGUCCCUUGUCCUGUGAAACGUUGUGGUACAAAUGCAAAAUCUGCAUUCUAUGUACUAUACUAAUGUUGAACCAUUAUCGCACUGCUUGGUUACAUUGGGGGUGGGGGGGGGGGGGGGGGGGGGGGGGGAAUUCAACCUUUACUACUGAGUGGCGAUCACUGGAUAGCAGAAAAUCUUAAAUCAAAAUUUUCCACAUGGUGUGGUCUGCAAAUUUUUCUGUUAAGAGGUUGAUUCUGAUGAUGAGUUUGUAAUUGGUAAAGAGUAAAAUAGUCUUUGGAUGUACGAGAUACUAAAAAUUUGACGUUGUGGUCUGUAAGUUUAUUGUUAGGGGUUAGUUCUCUUCAUUGCUUCUUUUAGUAGUGAUGAUCAACAUUAUUGGGGCAAUUGUUAUCAGUUUCACCAUCAAUAUUCAAAAUGUAGAAAUUAUUGGGAUAGUUUCAUGUCUUAAAGAAAUGAUGUUUUCUUUACAGAUUUA